AUGAAUACAUUUACUUCAACACAUGUUAUGCCUGAUAUUUAUUGUCCUAUGCAACUAACUCAAAUAUUAGGUUAUCCAACGGAUCAAUAUUAUAGAAAAUAUCCAACAAAAAAACCUAAAUUACUUGUUUUAUUAUUACAUGGUGAUAUGGAUUCAGCAUUACCUGUUUCAAUUGCACCGCAUUUUUCUAAACAAUAUUCAUAG